AUGGCAACGCGCAAGAAGUAUCACCGAAUUAGUGUCUCCUCUGGGGAGGAAGGUAUUGAUAGGCCAUUUGCCUUGCUUAUGGAUGUUUUGAAACGACCUAGUCUGGGUAAUUACGUGCGUCAUAUCGAAUGCUGUGCCGUAACAUGCAUGCGCAUGGGCUACAAGGAGGGCGAGUCUCAACGAGACUUGAGCAACGAGGAGAUGAAUCUCGUGCGAAAUGCAGUGAGAAAAGCUGGUUUCACAGCCCAAGAGCAUCGAGUGGUCAAUAUGCUUAUGCAGAGGAUGGACAAAACGGCAACAAUUGAUUAUCGAUAUCGCGAGAGCCUCGGUACAUCCAUCACCCAAGCGCUGACCGCUCUUCUGAUUGUGGUAUCGCCGAACGUUGUGUCGAUGGCUAUGACACAUCCAGCUAGCAUGAGCUCCAACAGUGCAAUCGACUUCCCGCUUGCCGAGCUCUUUUGUCAAGCUAACGCCAAUCCUGAAAACAAGCCAUAUCUUCGCAACCUCCACAGUGUUUAUAUCAUCAAUAAAAGCGACGAUUCCUGGUCUGAUGGUCGUUUUUAUCAGGCAAUGGAUCUUUCUGGCUGCCUGACGCUAUUUAACAAUCUUCUGUCAAUUGAAUCCGUCCGCGUUGAUAUAAUGGAGGAGAAUGAGAGCGGAACGCUUGAGUUUAAAGAGAAAUGUUCUAAUAUCAGCAAGAUCUCCAUCCAUCAUUCGUCGGUUGGUUCUCUCUACCUUGCGAAUCUGAUAUGGUCGUGCAAGGUCCUCAGGGAAUUUCAGUAUUCUAUCGGAGGUAGAUCGAGCCGUGAUGGAGGGGUCCCUAUAUUCAAUCCCAAAGCAUUCAUCAAAGUCCUUUACGCACACAAGGACACACUGGAAAUCCUUGAUGUCGACACGGAAAAUCAUAUUGAUAUAUUUCAAAUCGAUGACGAGGAAGAGAGAGAAAUCCAAUUUAAUGAACACGGGGGCCCCGAUGACAACGAUAUCAGCGACGACACCGCGGCAUUCUAUGAAUUGAUAUGGACAUACGGUGGGUCACUGAAAGAAUUUGUGGCCUUGAAACGGUUGAGCUUGGGGAUAAACUUUCUGUUAUACUUUGCCGCUGGUGUUAGCGGAGAACAACACAAGAAGGGAGAAAAAUGGGAUCUGGUAGAAUGUCUACCUGUUGGACUAGAGUACCUGUGUGUUCGGGGUUACCAGAAGGGCGAGAACGAGGAGCACGAUGAGCAGAUGGAUGCUUUAAUGCUAUUUUACAAGUCUGGCUCAUCACAACUGAAAGAGAUCAAGGGAAUCGAUGAAGUGAUUCCCAAUGCCCAGGAGGUUCAAAACCCCGACAACAACGCUCAUUUGCUGUGGUCAUUGGAGGAUAUGGGGUAUGAGAGCGAUUAG